AUGGAGGAAAAAUUAGCAAGGGCUAAAGGCAGACACCUUGGUCUCGGCGCGUAUUUGAAAACUCUUUUAAGUGAAUUAAACGAGUAUGUUUCUUCGAAAAGCGGUGAUUGCGAGCAAUCUAAACUCCUUGGGUUGAGAAACAAUGUGGCUAGUAUCAUCGAACAAUUGGCGACUGUGCACAAUGAAAUAUUAUCCUUGAUAGAUCCAAAGGACAUUGAGCCGGAAAUUAUUCGUCACAUGAAAGCUUUAGAACCUUGUCACCAAGUUUUGGCAAAGGCGGAUUUGAAACUUGAAGAAAUUAAGCAAGGGCAAAGUAAUAUUAAUAGCGCAAGUUAUUCCUUAGGUGCAGCCGGUUUAAGCACAAAUAGAAGUCCUGCGCAUUGUAAGCUGCCAAAAUUAGCAUUACCAGAGUUUACGGGGGAACCCUUAGAUUGGCAGGAGUUCUGGGAUCAGUAUCAAGUGUCGAUCCACAGUAAUAUAAACAUAAGUGAUAUUGAUAAAUUCAAUUAUUUAAAAGGUUGUGUGAAAGGGAAAGCUCUUGCGGCUAUUUCAGGGUUGACUUUAACUUCAGAUAAUUAUCAGGAGGCAGUUCAGGUUUUAAAGGAUAGAUUUGGGAAUGAGCAGGUGCUCAUUUCUGCACAUAUGGAGUCUCUACUUAAAAUUAAUAAAAUUAAGUCAGUUGAUAACAUUAAGGGGUUAAGGAUUUUGUACAGUCAUGUUGAAAACUGUAUGAGGAACUUGAAAUCUCUUAAGCUUGACACCAGUGGGUAUGGCUCUCUUCUCAUUCCAAUUUUAAAGGACCGCUUGCCCGAUGAGAUUAAUAUGAUUAUUUCGAGACAGUUUUGUGGUAAAGUGUGGAACUUAGAUAAGGUUAUGGAAUUUUUUAACAAUGAGCUUCGUGCUCAAGAAGAUUGUAAUUUCUCAUUGAGUAAUAAAUCAGAUG